AUGAUUGAGUAUAAUGCUGACACAGAGUGCUACGACUUUGUCAAGUUCCUGGACAGCAGCAGGUUGAUUGCACGAGAGCAGCAGAACCUGCUGGAGCCCAAAAGAGCAAGGCAGCAGGCGAGAUCCGCCAACCUGCACGAGGCUGGCUUCAUCCAGUACUUGGACUCUGGGAUCUGGCAUCUGGCUUUUUACAAUGACAGGGAAAAUGCAGAGCAGGUGUCCUUUAGUACCAUCAUUAUAGAGUCCAUGGUGGAGUGCCCCCGAAAUUGCCAUGGAAAUGGAGAUCUUUCUGGCACUUGCCAUUGUUUCUUGGGAUUUUUAGCUCCGGAUUGUUCCAGAGCAGCCUGUCCAGUGCUGUGCAGCAGCAACGGGCAGUACUCCAAGGGUGGCUGCCUGUGCUUCAGUGGCUGGAAGGGCACCGAGUGCGACGUGCCCACUACGCAGUGCGUUGACCCGCAGUGUGGGGACAGUGGCAUCUGCAUCAUGGGCUCCUGCGCCUGCAACUCCAGAUACAAAGGAGAAAAUUGUGAAGAGGCUGACUGUCUUGACCCUGGUGGUUCCAAUCACGGUGUUUGUAUCCAUGAGGAAUGUCACUGCAAUCCCGGGUGGGGUGGCAGCAAUUGAGAACUGGUGAAGACCAUGUGUACAGACCAGUGCUCUGGUCAUGGAACGUAUCUUCAAGAGAGCGGCUCCUGCACCUGUGACCCUAACUGGACUGGCCCAGACUGCUCAAAUGUGCAGCCCCACCUCAGGCUCACUUGGCUGGAGAUAAUCGCUACUGGAAGAUGUUCUCUUGCUGCUUGCCCACCUCUGGGGACUCUGGCUUCCAGGAACCCCAGGGAUGCCACUUGUUCAAAUGCUGUAGGCUUUGGCUCCACCAUAAAAGCCAACGCCUCAGGACAUUUAUCAGGAGGUGCCAUAAGGGCGAUCUCCUGCAUCCUGGACAUUUGGCUGGAGUACUAUCAGGAGGAUUUUCAUCAGCUCCCAGAAUUUUCCUCCCUGACAAAGCUGCUGGAAUUCAAGAGGCAGCGCAUGCCAGGCUCAGACCGUGCCUGGCGUUACCUCAAACUAUUCAGACACCUCCAUGCAAUAGAGCCAGAGGCUAGGGCUUCGGCCCGAGAACAACACCCUGAAUCACCUCAAGAGCCUGCCCCAGCUCUGACUGUGGCGCUGGCUGCACCUUCAGGGCCAGAGGUGAUCGAGCAGGUCCUGGCUGCUGGAGCUAAGGGCUUGGCCCGAACUGAGAUACAGGCUGCUGAGUCAAAGCCCCUGCAGAUAGUGGUCACUGCUCUAUUUCACUGCUCCACCCUGGAGGAGCCACCUGUACCCUCAGACACCCCGGAGGAGGAGUAGGUCCUGGCGCCUGCAAUCGGGGUCCCCAAAGUGCCAGAGCCACCACCUGCCUCCAGAGCAGCUGGCUUCGACCCCUGAGCAACACCCUGAACCACCUCAAGAGCCCGCCCCAGCUCCUACCAUGGGGCUCGUGAUGGCUGCAGCCCAACGGAGGCUUGCACUCCUCUGUCAUUUCACUGUUUCUAUAAUUUGAGUUUUCCUUUAACCUGUAUAAUGGUUUAUGAGUUUUAUUUGUAAUA